AUGAGUCUAAUUUAAGCAUUUCCAAUUACAUCAAAAGGUGGAAAUGGUUUAAUAAUUGCGAAUACAAUAUCAAUAGAUAAGACAUCAGUCUAUAAUUCUUUUUCAUUAUAUGGAGGUUGUUUUUUUAGUAGCUCAAGAUAUUGUCAUUAAGACAAUAUUCAAUAAUAUUUAAUUUCUUGUAUUAUUAUACAAUACAGGUACUAUCCAUAUUUAGAACUCAAGCUUUUUUAAUACAUUAACUAGUUUAUCAAUUUCAAUCAUAGUUUUGAGGUUUAAGGAUUAAAUUUUGAUUCUAUUAUAUUUGUUUCUUGUGAAUAUGGUAUCUUAAGAAUUAAGGGUAUAAUUUAAUCAUAAAUUGAAAACAUCCUGUUUAAUAAUAUUAGCAUCUUUAACUGUUAAUGUGGAUAAACAAGAUGCUUUUCAUUAAUAUAAUCAGAGGAUGAAUCUUUUUUAAGAAGCGAUUUACUAUUACCUAAUAGAAGAAUUUUUCAAAAAUAUGAUUACACAAAAUUAAUAUAAAAGUUAGAAAAUUAAGCUAGGAUAGUUAAUAGAAGAUUUGUGAAUAACAAUGUAACAUAUGGAGGAUCACUUUUAACUGUUAAAAAAAAAAUACAAUAAUUCAUAAUUGUUUAUUUUAAUAGAGGGGAAAUAGGAGGGGCAAUUUAUUUCUAUUCAAAUGAAUUUUCAAUGAUGAUAUUUAAUAGUCAAAUAAUUGAAAAUGAGGUUUCAAUUGCUGGAGGAUUGUAUUUGAAUAAAUAGUAACUUCAGGAGACAUUUCUAUUAGAAAUAUUUUUAUCUGAUAAUAAUUCAACAUUUUUUGGAUCAGAUAUUUUUGAGAAUCCAAUAUCUUUGACAAUAUCUGUGGAUGGAGGGUAAACUUUUUUAACAAAAAUUUAAGUAAAAGAAAAUCCAACCAUGAUUGUUAAAAAAAAAGGUAAUCACACCUUAUUAGAUUUUGGGUUCAUCUGAAUAAGUAAAAUAUUUAACUUUUACUUCUGGUAGAUAAAUAUUUUCUUACGAAUACUUUGAUUUAUUUCAAUAGGAGUAUAUCCCAUAUAAUCUAACAUUUCGUAUUAUCGCACUUAACAAAUAUAAUAAAUAGUCAAGAGAAAAAAUUAGGUGGAAGUACUUGCACUUUGACUCCUAUAAUAAUCAAAACUUCUAAUGAAGAAACAAUAUAAGGAUUAGUUGGAUAUUUAUCAUACAAUAAUGUGAAAUUUAAUGAUAACACUGGUGAUUACAAUUUAGAUGAUUUAAUUAUCUAUUUCAAUCCAACAUAUAAGAAUGAUAUUGUCUUAAGAUUAAAUAUAUAGUGUAAACAUUAUCUAAAUUCCAUAAUAUGAAAUUACUCCUCCUUAUUUAAUUAAGAAUUAUAUAACAAAUUAUAAUUUAUUAGUAGAUAUCAAGACUUUCUAAUGUUAAUUAGGAGAAUUAUGCAACUUCAGGAGGUUGUAUAUUGUGUGAUGUAAGUUAAGGCCAGUAUUAAGUAAAAUAAGAUGUAUUGAGUUGCAAUUAUAAGGAUGAUUAAAAAAUUAAAUCAAUAAAAUCUUCAAUGAUUGAAUUAAGAUAAAAUUAUUGGAUAGCAUAUUAAUAUUAUUACAACUUGAUUGAAAAUUGUGAGGGAGGAUGGUUAACAGGAGAUGAAUCUUGUAUAAUCCGACAUAUUGGGGCUUUGUGUGAGUAAUGUGACUUAUAUAAUACUCAAGGAUAUGGGUCAUACUCUUCAAGUUCUAUAUAUAUUCAUGUGGAAGCUGUUAAGAAAUUUCUAGAAAUGUAUUAACUAUAGUUUUCAUAAGUAUUUUGAUACUUAUUUCAAUUUUGAUAUCUGUAAGUAGCACAGUUGAGAUGAUUGAAAAUUUAUUAUUGGAACUCGAUUAAAAUCACUAGGAGUGACUGUUGUUAUAAAAUAAGUUUCUACUGCAGUUUUUAAUUAAUGUAUUCACAAACUAUCUAUAAAUUAUUUCCACUAUUAGUACAUUCUAAUUGUAAGUAUCUUCAGGAUUGACAUCAGUUGUUAAUAAUGUUGGAAAUCCAAUUGAAUCAAUGGCAUAUUUACUUGAUUGUUUUUUAAUCAACUUUUCAGAUAUUCUAAUUAUAUACUUUAAAGUUAUUUGGAUUCUAAUUAUGGUAUCUUCAUAUCUUACAGUAUUUUUCACUUUAGGUGGAAUAGCAAUUUUGUUGAAUUCCAUAAGGUUUAGGUUUUCAUAUAUUGCAACAGCUCUUAUUUAUGUUUUUAUCUAAAUGCAACCCACUUUUAUUGAAAGUUUAAUCUCCUUAAUAUCCUAUAGAGUAAUUUUAGAUGAGUAUUGGAUACAAGAUAAUGUUGCCUAUCGUUAUGAUACAUAUCAACACUUUAAACGGUUGUUAGGCUUUUGUUUCCCCUUAUUGUUAUUUUUUGGAGUCAUUAUGCCUGUUUAUUUUUGGUAUGGAAUAAGAAAAAAUCCACAUCGUUUAGAUGUUACUUAAGUGAGAUAAAUUUUGGGGUUACCUUUAUAAUGAAUAUAAAUUACAUGCUUAUUAUUGGGAAACAAUCAAGAUUCUUUAAAAAGAUUUAAUCAUAAUUAUAUUAGCUUACUAUUAGGAUCACAUUCCUAUUAAGCAUCCCUUGCAUUUUUAGUAUUAUUUGGAUAUAGUUUUCUAACUACUGUUUAAAAACCUUAUAUUUCAGGUGAUCUCAAUUACUUAGACACCAAAUCAACUGUUGCUUGUGCUGUAUCAAUCACAUUAACCAGUUCUAUUUACACAGCUUAAUAAUCAAAUUUAUAGGAAAGAGUUUGGCCAUUCUAUAUAAUUAUUGGGAUUUUAAAUGCUUCAGGCGAAAUUCUAUUUUAUUAUUAUUUUAGAUUUUUCUAUUAUAUUUUAGUAUUCAUUAUUUUUAUAUUUAUUAUUGUUCAUAUUAUUUAUAAAAGCGACUAUUUGA